AUGAUUCAGCAUCCCGACAGUAGAUACAUUGAUCCUGUCAAAGUUAAAAUCAGAGAUCAACCAGCUCACUGUGCUUUUGUAGAAGCAGAGACUGAUGGAAAACCUUGGUACGUUGACAUUAAAAUGUUCUUGGAGAAAGGAGAAUAUCCUGAAGGAAUCACCAUCAAUCAGAAGAAGACCAUCAGGAAAUUGGCGAAUAGUUUCUUUCUCAACAAGAAUGUUCUGUACAAAAGAACCCUGAAUUUGGGAUUGCUUAGAUGCGUUGACUCCAUCGAAACCACAGGAUUGAUUGAAGAAGUGCACGCUGGAACUGACGGGCCUCACAUGAAUGGGUUCAUGCUAGUAAAGAAAAAUGUUAAGAAUAAGUUAUUAUUGGAGACCAUAGAGAACGAUUAUAGCAAAUUUCGUCCAGAAAUACCACAAGUGUCAAAUUCAUGGAGACUUGAUAAAGGUUCCUCUGACAUAAUUGAAUGCUAUGACGUCGCCUUGGCCAUUUGCUGCUUGGGGCAUGGAUGUCAUAGGAUAGUUGGGCCAACUGCAUCAAACAAACACCUUUUCAUUUUAGUCGCCAUAGACUACUUCACCAAGUCGGUGGAAGCAGUAUCUUAUGCAUCAGUAACAAAGAAAGUAGUAGCACAUUUUGUGCGCAACAUCAUAUGCCAAUUCGACAUGCUAGAAUCAAUCAUAAUAGACAAUGGGGCUAAUCUGAAUAGCCACUUAAUGAAAGAAAUGUGUGCGCAAUUCCGAAUCACUCACCAAAAUUCGACCGCAUACCGACCGCAAAUGAAUGGGGUUAUGGAAGCCGCAAACAAAAACAAUAAAAAGAUCCUCAGAAAGAUGAUUGAUAACUACAAAGACUGGUAUAAACAACUACCUCAUGCAUUACUGGGAUAUCGUACUACGGCCAGUACUUCAACUGGGUCCACCCCGUACCUGUUAGUGUAUGGCACUGAAGCAGUAAUACCAGCCAAAGUAGAAAUCCCUUCACUUCGAAUUGUACAUGAAACUGAGUUAGACGGUGCAGAAUGGAUCCGCAAGACGUAUGAAUAA